AUGAGUAUGCUGAAAGCCACUGUUCUUGUUGUAUGCAUACUGUCUGAAGUCUGGGCAAAAGAGGGCACGCAAGACUUCAUUGAUAAAUACAUCAAGUACAACACAGUUUGUAGAGGGAUGGGAUAUAGAACUAAAAACUGUUCAGGAAUAAAAAAAGAAAACAUCGCUUUUCAUGCACUGAUGUCGAAAGAUCAGGCAAACCUAGGUAAUUACGCUGUUGUUGUUUUUGGGAGAGUAACACAAAACUCUGGAAAUGCUUAUAAUGCUAAAACCGGUAAAUUCACAGCACCCGAGGAUGGACUCUACGUAUUCAACUGGACGAUUCUGACUACAGAUGGAAAAUACUUCCACACUCAGAUUGUUCUCAAUGGUAAAAUUAUUGGUUAUAAUAAUGCUGACGGUGUGUCAGGUAGUUCUAGUAGGGCAUCCGGAUCUUCAUCUGCUGUUAUAAAUAUGAAGAAGAAAGAUAAAGUCUGGAUAAGAACAAAUGGUCGGGAAGGAAAAUAUGCUUAUGCAGUCUGGUCAUCAUUCACCGGAUUUAAAGUGUAG